GCCGAAACACUUGACCUUGUAUCUACAUCCCUGUCUUUUGCCGGCCCCACCUCUUCAGCGCGACGAAAGGCGCACCAGCCUGGAUGGCCAAGGCGACGGCCCCCGGCGCCGACGCCGAAGAACAUGUUCGCAAGCAGGCCCUCGUCGUCUCAGAGGCCCGUGGCAAGGGCGGCGACAUUCUUCGGCAGCUGUUGGAGAUCCUCGCGAAGCUGAGCCUCGCCAGCAGCACCGAGUUGCGUGACGCGUGCGGGGUCAACUGCAUCACGCUCCUCAUCCUGGCCGACCAGGCGGCAACGCAGGCAGGCCGCCGGGCACGUCAGAACUACCACGCCGAGAUUCAGAGGCGAAAGCAGGCGGGCGAGGAUCUGGCCUUCUCUGGCCCCCCCCUCCCCCUUGUCCAGGUCUGGCGCAGCAUGAUCCAGGCCAUGGACUCCGAUCCGCAGUGCCCAGCCGAGUGCCGCAAGUAGAGUGAGGCUGACUGGAAGGAGACCCUCGUGCCCAUACCAGUGGAGCGCAUCGGAGAACGCGUCCGCCACUGCCGCGCGCGCCGGACAAGGAAGGUCGAAUCGAAGGCUGACCGGAUUGGACGAUGGGCGCAAAGAACUGGAAAAGACUCUGAUUCAGUAUUUCGUGAGCGUCGGCGGCGAACGCAAGCUGGGCCCAGCUCCUCAUGGCGCGCUGGAGCGCGAGGCGCCCAGGCUGUUGGAGAGGCCCGGCGAGGGCAAGGCCAAAAAGAAGCAAGAGGAUAAAUAUAAAACUCUAGAGUAUUGCAUGGUGAGAAUUGGUUGGCUCUCAGCCUUCUGGCGUAUUGCAUGGCGUCGGUUCUGGGGUAUUACUUUUACAGGAUGGGAGUGUGAUUGGCCUCCAAUUUCCUGGAGUAUCGACUCAAGAGAAUGUGGUUGGCAUGUCGUCCUCUUCUUGUGUAUUGCAUGUCCGUGAUGACGACAGAGCUGCUCGAGUUGCGGGCAUACCUUCUGGGCGCGUGCAUCCUCCAGUCGUUCUCGUUCCAGGCCCGCCGCCAGUGGAGUUCCCACGGACUGAAGCCAAUGCUGUGUCUAACAAUGUGAGGGGGCAGAGGGAAUCUGUGGCUGUCAGCGCGGUCUCGCCGAAAGCCCCUGCCCUGUCCCCCAAGUCAGCUCGUAGUCAGCGUCUCGCCGAGUUGGUCGGUUUUUUCGUUCCGAACACCCUUCUUCGUCCUGAGCCCCCCUUUCUCCUUCGAGACUACGGCCAAUUCGGGAUAUAUCGGUUUCUUGUGUGCCGAUGCCUCGUCGUGUAAAGCGUUCGAGGCAUCCUCGGCCACCGUCUGUAGGUAAUUCUGAUUAGAAUGGAGCGGUGCCCAUCCCCCCCCCCCC